CGGUGCUUAGGCAUCCAUCAUGGCGGCCGCUGUGGCCUCCCGGUUCUGGCUCUGUGCUGUGCUGCUUGUCCCUGCGGCCGCGGUCUACGAAGACCAAGUGGGCAAGUUUGACUGGAGACAGCAGUAUGUUGGGAAGAUCAAGUUUGCUUCCUUGGAGUUUUCCCCUGGAUCCAAGAAGUUGGUUGUGGCUACAGAGAAGAAUGUGAUUGCAGCGUUAAAUUCUCGGACUGGAGAGAUCUUGUGGCGCCAUGUCGACAAGGGCACAGCAGAAGGGGCUGUGGAUGCCAUGCUGGUCCAUGGACAAGAUGCAAUCACUGUAUCCAAUGGAGGGCGCAUCAUGCGUUCUUGGGAGACUAACAUCGGGGGCCUGAACUGGGAGAUAACUCUGGACAGUGGCAGUUUCCAGGCACUGGGGCUGGUGGGCUUUCAGGAGUCAGUGAGGUACAUUGCAGUUCUGAAGAAGACGACCCUCACCCUCCAUCACCUCUCCAGUGGGCACCUCAAGUGGGCAGAGCAUUUGCCAGAAAGUGACAGCAUCCUCUACCAGAUGGUGUAUUCCUAUGGCUCCGGGGUGGUGUGGGCCCUUGGCAUCGUUCCCUUCAGCCAUGUGAACAUCGUCAAGUUUAACGUGGAGGAUGGAGAGAUUGUGCAGCAGGUCAGGGUUUGGACUCCAUGGCUGCAGCACCUCACUGGGGCCUGUGGUGUGGUAGAUGAGGCUGUCCUGGUAUGCCCUGACCCCAGCUCACACUCGCUCCACACUUUGGCCCUGGAGACAGAGUGGGAACUGCGACAGAUCCCCCUGCAGUCUCCUGACUUAGAAUUUGGAAGUGGAUUCCAGCCCCAAGUGCUGCCCACACAGCCCAGCCCAGUCGCUCCUUCUCGGGCCCAGUUCUUCCUGCAGUUUUCCCCGGGCCACUAUGCUCUACUGCACUACCACCACGGUGCCGUGACUCUGCUCAAAAACUUCCCUCAGGCCACGCUCGUCAGCUUCGCCACUACCGGGGAGAAGACAGUGGCUGCAGUCAUGACCUGUCGGACUGAAGUGCAAAAACCUGUCAGUGCUGGAGAUGGGUCUGUGGCAAGCUUUCUUGAGACAUCUGGUGCACAGGACUCUCUGGCUUGCUUCAACCAGACCUACACCAUUAACCUGUACUUAGUGGAGACAGGUCGGCGGCUACUAGACACUUCGAUUUCCUUCAGCCUGGAGCAGAAGGGCACUCGCCCUGAGCAGCUGUACAUCCAGGUGUUCUUGAAGAAGGAUGACUCGGUGGGCUACCGGGCCUUGGUGCAGACACAGGACCAUCUGCAGCUAUUCCUGCAGCAGCUUGCUGGGAAGGUGGUCUUGUGGAGCCGAGAGGAGUCCCUGGCAGAAGUUGUGUGCCUGGAGAUGGUGGAUCUCCCCCUGACUGGAGCACAGGCUGAGUUGGAAGGAGAAUUUGGCAAGAAGGCAGCGAUUCAAGAUGGCUUGCUGGGGAUGUUCCUGAAACGUCUGUCGUCCCAGCUCAUCCUGCUUCAGGCUUGGACUUCCCACCUCUGGAAACUGUUCUAUGAUGCUCGGAAGCCCCGAAGCCAGAUUAAGAAUGAGAUCAACAUCGACACAUUGGCUAGAGAUGAGUUCAACCUGCAGAAAAUGAUGGUGAUGGUAACAGCCUCAGGCAAGCUCUUUGGCAUUGAGAGCAGCUCUGGCACCAUUCUGUGGAAACAGUACCUGCCCAAUGUUAAGCCAGACUCCUCCUUUAAGCUGAUGGUCCAGAGGACUACUGCCCAUUUCCCCCACCCACCCCAGUGCACUCUUCUGGUGAAGGACAAGGAAACAGGAAUGAGCUCUCUGUUUGUCUUCAACCCCAUUUUUGGCAAGUGGAGCCAGGUAGCUCCCCCAGUGCUGAAGCGCCCCAUCUUGCAGUCACUGCUUCUCCCAGUCAUGGAUCAAGACUAUGCCAAGGUGUUGCUCUUGGUGGAUGAUGAAUACAAGGUCACAGCUUUCCCGGCUACCCGGAAUGUCUUGCGACAGCUGCAUGAACUUGCCCCCUCCAUCUUCUUCUACUUGGUGGAUGCAGAGCAGGGGCGGCUCAGCGGGUAUCGGCUUCGCAAGGAUCUCACUACAGACCUGAGUUGGGAGCUGACCAUUCCCCCAGAAGUGCAGCGGGUCGUCAAGGUGAAGGGGAAGCGCAGCAGCGAGCACGUGCACUCCCAGGGCCGGGUGAUGGGGGAUCGAAGUGUGCUCUAUAAGAGUCUGAACCCCAACUUGCUGGCUGUGGUGACAGAGAGCACGGAUGUCCACCACGAGCGCACAUUUAUUGGCAUCUUCCUCAUUGAUGGUGUCACUGGCCGCAUCAUCCACUCCUCCGUGCAGAAGAAGGCCAGGGGCCCAGUCCACCUUGUGCAUUCAGAGAACUGGGUGGUGUACCAGUAUUGGAAUUCUAAGGCUCGGCGCAAUGAGCUGACGGCCCUAGAGCUCUACGAGGGCACUGAGCAGUACAAUGCCACUGCCUUUAGCUCCCUAGACCGACCCCAGCUGCCCCAGGUCCUCCAGCAGUCCUACAUCUUCCCCUCCUCCAUCAGUGCCAUGGAAGCUACCAUCACGGAGAGGGGCAUCACCAGCCGGCAUUUGCUCAUUGGGCUGCCUUCUGGAGCAAUCCUUUCCCUCCCCAAGGCCUUGCUGGAUCCCCGGCGCCCAGAGAUUCCAACAGAACAAAGCAGAGAAGAGAACCUGAUCCCGUAUUCUCCAGAUGUUCAGGUCCACGCAGAACGAUUCAUCAACUAUAACCAGACAGUCUCUCGAAUGCGAGGCAUCUAUACAGCGCCCUCAGGCCUGGAGUCCACUUGUUUGGUUGUGGCCUACGGUCUGGAUAUUUACCAAACUCGAGUUUACCCAUCCAAGCAGUUUGAUGUCCUAAAAGAUGACUAUGACUAUGUGCUUAUCAGCAGUGUCCUUUUUGGCCUGGUUUUUGCCACCAUGAUCACAAAGAGGCUGGCACAGGUGAAACUCCUCAAUCGAGCCUGGCGGUAAAAUGGGAGCAUCCUGCCAGAGUGGAGCCUCGGGGAAGAGGGACAGCUAAGGAGAUACAGCCAUGGACUGUUGGAUCCUUGAGGUUGAGUUGGGUUCUUGUCUCACUUAAGUCUGGGAGAAGAUGCACCUUCAUGUAGAACUGCUUCGGGAAUACGGUGAUGGACAGCCCUAGUGGGUCAGAUGCCCACCUACGUGAGGAUCUCCAUGCAUUCUAUCCACUGGGAAUACUGUGAUGAGCAGUCCUUGUGGGUCAGAUGCCCAACUCAGCGAGGCUCUCCAUGCAUUUGACCCACUGUUUCCCUCAUGUGCUCACCCAUGGAUGCUGUGGGGUUUUGGUUUUUGUUUUCUUUUUGUUUUUUCUUUUCAUGAGACCUCUGGUUUUUUUCUUCUAAGGCUGUUUAAGGCUUUUCUUCUAAGGCUUCUAUGUUUCCAGUCUUACUAGAAAUACUCUGACACCUUAUUCUCUGUCUCUUGCUUUCAAGCCUGAUGGGUCAGCUCUGCCUUUAAGAUGUGCUUGGCUGCCUGACUGAUGGGGUGGAUGCGGGAGCCAUUCUUAGCCAAGGUCCGAGGACUUCUCUCUGAAGACAAGUUGAGGGAUUUAUACAUGGAGGAUCCCUAAUUUUAACCAAGCUUUCAUUCCAUGCCACCAUUUAUAUGUUUGGACUACCAUUUUCUUAAGCCUAUCAAAGCCAAGCACAUAACAGUAAUUUGGUUUUUCACCCACAAAGCUAUAGCAAGGCUAAAACCUUUAAUCCUUUUCUUUCUUUCUUUUUUGUUUUUGUUUUUGGAGACAGGGUUUAUCUGUAUAACUCUGGGUGUCCUGGAACUCUCUCUGCAGACCAGGCUGGUCUUGAAUUCACAGAGAUCUUCCUGCCUCUGCUUCCUGAGUGCUGGGAUCAAAGGUGUGUGCUACCACCUGCCUUAGGGUUAAGGCCUUUUAAAACUACCAGAUUGUCUGAGCCUUGGUGAGAUCUUGAGGUCCCAGUACAUCAUACCUCAUUGUCCCUACAGGCCCCUCUAGGCAUCCUAGAGCACAGAUGGAAGAAAGGGUCUUUGUUAAAACCUUAUUUAUUCUUUUUUUUUUUUUUUUUUUUUUUUUUUUUUUUUGAGACAGAGUUUGGCUCAGUAGCCCAGGCUGGCCUCAAACUUAUAAUCCUCCUGCCUUAGCCUCCCAGUGUUGGGACUACAGUUGUUUGUUUGCCAUCAUGCUUGGUAGUGGGCAAGUUUUAAAUUUCAUUGGUCUACUUUUCUAUGUGGCUUUAGGGAUAGAAUUCAAGGUCUCUUAUGCUAGGCAAGUUUUUUGCACUGAGCUCUCCAUAAUGUGAUCCAUGAAGGCUAUUAUGUUUCUUAAGUAGUUUUAAAAUUUUAAAGUUUUUGAGGACCUGCAAGGAGGCUGCUGGGACUCAAUCCCAGGGCCUCAUAUGUGUUAGUGCACACUCUAUUUCUACUACUGAGCUGGAGCCUCAACACAUCUAACCUUUUUACUUAUUUUGAGACAGGGUCUCACCAUGUAGCCCUGGCUGGGCUAGAAUUAACUAUGUAGACCAAGGUUGGGCUCCUGUGUGGUAUGUGUGCAUUCCUGUCUGGCUUUCUGUGUGGUGUGUAUGUGCAUUCCUGCCUGGGUUUCUGUGCGGGGUGUGUGUGCAUUCCUGUGUGGGGUGUGUGUGCAUUCCUGUUUGGGCUUCUGUGUGGGUUGUGUGUAUGUGUAUGUGUGUGUGCAUGUGCCUGAGUGCAUACUCCCGUCUGGGCUUCUGUAUGCUGCACAGAAAGAAUCCCAAGUUUUACCUUGCUUGUGAACUUGGGGGCUGAUUGUUCUUUUGAGAAGGGAAGGCAGGGAGCUGACCACGCCCCCGGAAUAAAGCUGGUGAUCAUCUGC